AUGGGCUUCAAGGCACCUAAGUUUAGCAAGUAUAACGGAGCAGGUAAUCCCAAGACACACCUUCGGAUGUUUGCAAAUAAACUAGGGAAACCGAUAGAUGAUGAGAAUCUACCUGUGCACCUAUUUCCCGAGAGUCUAGAAGGCGAUACGUUGGAUUGGUAUUCCAAUUUGAAACCUGAGGAUAUGAGGACUUGGCUGGAUUUGUCAACCGCUUUUGUAAGGCAAUACGAGUACAAUUGCGAGUUUGCUCCGACGAGGACCACAUUGGAGGGGACUAAAAGAAAUCCAUCUGAGGAUCACAAGACAUAUGCAAAGCAAUGGAGGAAAUUGGCUGCCAAGGUGGAGCCUCCUAUGACAGAAGAGGAAAUCGUUCGUACGUUCAUCAAAGCUUAUGACCCUCCCUACUUUGAGAAAAAUUUUCGUAUGACUGGCUGCUCCGUUACAGAAAUUGUUAAUAAGUUGGAAGAGUAUGAUGAGUUUGUGAGAGCAGGGAAGAUUGUCAAUGUGUCAGCUUUAAAGUCUCAGUUGGAAGCAAUGCAAAAUCAAAGUAGCAGUAGUAAAAAGUCUCAAUUCAAGGAAAAAGACGAGGAAGCUUCAUUUGUGUUGAACCAAAGCCCUUCUCUCCGACCUAGAUACCAGCAACACCCUACUAAUCCAUCCCAUUACUCAUACCAAUCACGUCCUCAAUCUGUUUGUCAUACCACCGUUAACCAUUCUCGACCCUGA